GAAACUAGUAACCAUACUCUGAAUUUCAACAUCUGACUUCUGAAAUUUAAAAUGGCUGCAGUACCUAUUGCUAUAAAAGCAGCUGUUGAACCUACAGAUCAAGUUAUGGAACUGAUCUGGCAGGAUGCCUUGCGUCACCUUGAAUCUACAAACAAUGAAGUGCUUCUGCCAACAAAUAUCACUGAAAUGAUUGGCCAGGGUAAUGUUGACAAAAUCAAAUCUCGUCUAAGUGCCCUCAUUGAUGCUCCAGUUGUGGCCUUCGUUGACAACUCGAUCAAUGCUCUUCGUAUCAUGCGUACUCCUGCAUUUGUGGGCUCUGUGGUUUCUGUCGCAUCCCAUAGUAUGAUAUCGAAUUUGCAAGGCGAAGCCACUGUGGACGGGAAUAAUCCUCAUAGAAGAUCUGUGAGGACGAAAGUUUCGAAAGUUCGACGACCUCCAAAUGCUUUCAUUUUAUAUCGUCAACAUCACCACCCGAAAAUUAGGGCCGCAUAUCCGGAAUUUCAUAACAACGAUAUUUCCAAAAUGCUUGGAAAGCAAUGGAAUGCCGAGUCAGAGGAAGUCAAAGCCCAUUAUAAGGUACUUGCGGACGACAUCAAACGCAAACAUGCCAAAGAACAUCCAGGAUACCAGUACGCACCUCGCAAACCAUCAGAGAAGAAGCGUCGAAUUUCAUCGCGUCAGUUCCAAAAUGAUCGAAAGCCUAUUGUUAGGGCAUUGCCCGACUCCCCCACGUCCAAUACGACUGCAACCUCAUCCAACGUGACCACACCGAUUCCUCUUCAUCCUGCCGUCGCUGAAAGACUCAGAACUGUUGAAAUGAACGAAAGCAUGGCUGAAUUGGCACAUAUGGAUCUUGCUAUCAGUCAAAAUGAAGCUAUGGGAGACAUGACUCUCGACUUCGAUUCUGAUGCCUUUAACGUUUUGAUCCAGCAAAUCCAUAAUGACCAGGAAAAAGCCAUGCUGUCUCAGCAAUUUGGUUCUGUGAAUCAUCAGACUACUGCAGAAACUUUCAAUUUCUCUGACUUCAUCACUGAUUGUUACUAAUUUAAUCUGAAAGGGAAUUAUGUUGAAUGGAAAUGUCCUACUUCACAGUUUCACAUGUGGCUUGUUCUUGACAUCCAGUACUGCACUGUUAUUUUCACAUCUUCUUUUUAUGUCUUAAUCAUGUCUGUUAUGGUUACAUUUUAGGACUUCUAAAAUAGUACCAACUGGCUUUCUGUGUCUAAAUUUCCACAAUGUUGAUGGCAGUGAGGUCUAAGUGACAACAAAGGGUUUGCAGUACAAAUAUCCCUUUAUUUUUCUAACUUCACCUGUUAUGACAUAUCCUACUUGUUUUCAUGUGCCAUGGGUUUCCUAUUGUCUCCUUUUGAUUGUUAUUACAAACCGGACAUACUGCUACUAGUUGGCUUCAUUGCAUACCCAAUUUAUAUUUUUUUCAGAAG